AUGGUGACAAUGCUUUCAACCGUUCCGCUCAACGUGGGGCGCAAACGCGUGUUUGGCUCCGUCUUUUCCCCCGCGUCCCUAGAAGCCCCAACGAAGUCGAAAUCAACCCCGAAACACGAAACCGAACGGACACCCACCAGCUCCUUCCAUAGCUCGACAGGCUCAACUUCGACAUUCAAGGCAGAUUCAUUCGCCACUGUUGCAGGUCCGACAGAUUCACUGGACGAAGAAACAUUGGAACAGGCGCGGCUUGCGGCGAGCGACUUCUUGUCUGUUCCCAACCUCGGCUUCCAACUGCUGUAUGACUACCGGAAUACGGAUGGGAGUGAAGUGCUCAAACAAUGGAAUCGGCUUAGUCCACCGUCAAAGGAGACAGCAGAGGCCCUGGAGUGUCUAGUGCGGAACUGUCCGUGGACGCUGUUUGAUUGGUAUGGGUGUGAUAUUCGGAAGCAUUUCUUGGUCAAUUUGCGUGAUGGACUCUCCCAGCUUCUUCGAAGCUCGGAGAAGGAAGGCCUUCUCCGGACAAUAGUCGAUUGUUUACAGCUUGCACGUCGAAUUUACUUGGCGCCUGUCGUGCACUACCUGCUUCCAUUGAUCCCCUCACCCCAUCAAGCUGGUUUCCUGGCUCAAUUGCACCGAGCCUUUCAUACAGUAGUUUCAUACUCGCUGCCAUGGCCGCAGAUAUCACCGCUUCUUGCAAGCGAAAUGACGCGAGAUGCUGUCACUAUUUUGGGGAUCGACACCCUGGAUGAUGACUUCGAUAUGGAAAAAAUCAGUGUUGAUGAGAUGGAGGUGGACCGGACAUAUUCCGUCUCGUACAGCGACUGGAGACAAGAAACGACCGAGGCGCGAGCACACAUGAUGGUCGAGGGUGAGGACCAUCGAGUGACAGUUGCCCGCGACAGACUUCUCGCUUUCCUCAAUGGUCUCCAGCUCGUUGGACUUGGUGCCGAGAAAGCCCAGAAGGUAUUUGCGAGGGUGAUGAAUGUGAUGAUGUCGGAUUUCGUUUCAGCUGCGUACACCGGACAGUGGGACACGCCAACAUCGGCGCCGCAGCACCUGCGACAAUGGAUAGAGAAUGUCUUUGCCCGUCUCGCAGUACAGGUCCUGGCUAUCAUUCAUUCCGAACAAUCAGGAUCCCACUCUAGGGCCUUGGAUGUGAGCUUUGGUGAUGUGGAGAAAUGGCAGGAAAUGGGCAUAGCUCGCUUGGGUGCGCUCCGAGUGAGUGAGCUUUUUGACGUCGUGGUUGAGUGGCCUGCCAGCAGUGGAGCGGUGGAAGAUCUGCGACAUUUUACUACGCAUACUACAUCGAGAACCCAUGUUACUCAGUCAUUUAUCAACAUGCUCCAACAGCGCUUACUGCACCCUGGAGCUUCGACUGUCGAGAUCUUGCAGGUUUACAUCUCCAUCAUUCGAGCCUUCCAUCUACUGGACCCUAAAGGCGUCCUGCUUGACCGUAUCGCUCGACCUAUCCGACGUUAUUUGAGAGACCGCGAGGAUACUGUUAAGGCCAUUGUUGGUGGUCUUUUGGCAGAUCCAUCAGCGCAUAAUCCAGACGAUACUCUGGCAGAGCUAUCAACAGAGUUGACCAAAGUCCACCAGCACGCUAUGCGGAGCAACAAAGGCGAACUUGACUUUGACGACUUGAACUGGGUACCUGAUCCAGUCGACGCCGCUCCUGACUACCGAAAAUCAAAGAGUGCCGAUGUCAUUGACAGUCUGGUCAGUCUGUUUGAGUCGAAGGAGACCUUCGUCAAGGAAAUGCAGACUCUACUCGCAGACCGCUUGAUUCAGAACCGCAAAAACUAUGACCAGGAAAUUACAGUUCUGGAACUUCUCAAGGUCCGAUUCGGCGACUCGGCCCUACAAGCAUGCGAGGUCAUGCUCCGAGAUAUAUCGGACUCGCGACGUCUCAACAUCUCCGUACAGAAGCAAAGCCACACAAAGCCUCGCUCAGCGGCCAUGGCAAACAGAGUCGUGCAGCCAGAUGACACAGAACUCCACGCUAAGAUCUUAUCUCGCUUCUUCUGGCCGGAAAUGCAAGAACAAGAAUUCAAGGUCCCCGAAGAAAUCGUCAAGCUACAAGAGAGCUACGCCACAGGCUUUGAAACCCUGAAAGCUUCACGCAAAUUGAAGUGGCGCAACGGUUUAGGCCAAGUCAGAGUCGAAUUGGAACUAGAAAAUCACAGUUUUGCCGGUGAAGUCACAACGUGGCAAGCAACGGUAAUAUACGCCUUCAACUCUGACACCGACACCGGUUCCAACGAACCAGCCACAAGAACAAUCACCGAAUUAUCCGACACGCUCUCCAUGACUCCAGCCCUAGUCCGCAGCGCUUGCUUAUUCUGGGUAAGCAAACGCAUUCUAACGGAACCGCACCGCGACACCUUCCGUGUCUUGGAAAUUCUUCCCAGCGAAGACGAAGUCUUAGCCUCCGCCACUAGCGGUGCCGAAGGCACAGCGGAUGAAGACGCCGAUGGUGCCAAUGCAGCCGUAGCAGCAGAAGCAGCAGCAGCCGCAGCAGCGAAAGAAUCAGCCGAAGCAGCUGCUAUGGAGAAGAUGAAUUUGCAUUGGCAGUUCAUUGUCGGUAUGCUUACGAACCAGGGUGCUAUGCCUCUGCAAAAUAUUGUUAUGAUGUUGAAGAUUGUCGUCCCCGGCGGAUUUCCAUUUAGUAAUGAGGAGCUAAGAGAGUUCCUCGGCGGCAUGGUUUCGAAAGGCAAGUUGGAGGUGGUUAGUGGUGGCAGCUACAAGAUUGUGCUUUAG